AUGCGUUACUCUGGAGUUACUGCUCUGGCCUUGGCCAGCGGUGUUGCAGCCCACACCCGUAUGUACGGUGCCUGGAUCAACGGUGUCGACCAGGGUGAUGGACGUAGCGUCUACAUCCGAACCCCCCCGAACAACAACCCCGUCAAGGACCUGAAGUCGGCCGACCUUGCUUGCAACGUUGCCGGAAGCACUGCCGUCAAGGAGUUCCUGCCCAUUGCCGCCGGCGAUGAGGUCGAAUUCGAGUGGUUCCAUGACAACAGGAACGACGACAUCAUUGCCGCCUCCCACAAGGGCCCGAUCAUCACCUACAUCGCCCCUUACACCGACGGCAUGGAUGGCACUGGCUCCAUCUGGACUAAGAUUGACGAGGAGGGCUACGACUCUGCUUCUUCCUCGUGGGCUGUUGACAAGCUGAUCACCAACGGCGGCAAGAAGGCGUUCACCGUCCCAUCUGCACUGGCCGCUGGCAAGUACAUGAUCCGCCAGGAGAUCAUCGGCCUCCACGAGGGCGACACGGCCUACAGCGCAAACUCGGCCCGUGGUGCCCAGUUCUACCCUUCUUGCGUGCAAGUUGAGAUCACUGGCUCUGGCUCUGCCACCCCCAGUGAGAACUUCGCCCUCCCCGGCGGCUACACCGACAGCGACCCCGGUGUUGUCUUCAACCUCUACGGUUCUUUCACUUCCUACACCAUUCCCGGCCCUAAGGUUUGGGAUGCUGCCAGCGCCGGUUCCGGCUCCAGCUCCGCUCCUACCUCCGCUGCCGCCACUGCGUCGGCUACCAAGGUUGCCUCCAGCUCUGCUGCCGCUACCCCGACCACCCUGGCCACCUCGGUCAAGCCUACCACCACCGGUGCCGCUUCCGCCAGCACAACCGCCGCUGCUGCCACCUCUGCCCCGGCUUCGCCUACCAAGAAGCCUUGCCUCAAGAAGAAGCGCCGCUCUGUCCGCAACUAA